ACAUCGAAACUGAAAACCCGCCGAACUCGGUGCUUCUGGCAUCGUUGUGCGAACAUUUUUGCAUAAGGAGGUGGUUUUUUGUCAGGUUCUGGGGUGCCGAAUUCUUUGCGAAUCGCAACGUGAAUUACAUCAAGUGAUUGCCGAACGCGUCUUCUUUCUAGUAGUGCAAAAAUAACAAUAAUCGUGUGCGAAUCCGACUGGCUAGACGGCGAAGAAAACUGCCCCGCUUAGCUUGUAGCGCGACUGUCGCGAAUCGCCAUUUUGAAGUGUGGUAUUCAUCGUUGUUGAGGCGCAUAUUUUAACAAGGAAAAUUUUCACAAGUCCCAGCGAUUAUCAGUGAGCCCUGCGAUAUUAUUGCAAAGACUAAACGACUUACACAAAUACUGCCGACCGUACUACGUCUGGACCCUAGUAAUUCGGGCGCAGUACACGAUGGCUCAGCAAACCAAACCGGUUAAUUUUUUGUUGCAGGAUACAAAACCAGGUCAAACACAAAUAUUUCAUGUAUUAAACACAACAACAGGUACGCGUACCCCAUUACCUGCUGGAGUAACCACUAUGAAAACCAUCGUCACAAAGGAUUUGAACAUCAGUGGCAUAGCAAAUCAUGGACAGGAUGCAGUAGGCAUAACUCCCGAAAGUGUCGGGAUUAUAGGAUCGGUGGGCACUACCAAUACGGCGACAGUAGUGGGUGGCCAGAGUUUCACAAUGCCUAUGGUGCGUAAACUUUCUCCUGGCCAAAAGAUAAUCCCCAUUGCCAAGCACAAACUAUUUCUUCCCACAUCAGCAUCUAACAAAAAUGUGAAUGGAAAAGUUGUGAUCGGACCCAAAUUGUACAAGGUUGUUUCGACGACAUCACCGCAUUCCGUCAGCAGAAACUUAACCUUUUCUCCUCCUACUGGAAACAAUUCGUCUGGCACGACCGUUGCAGCUAAUAGUGUGGCUUUUGCUAAAACGUUGGGUAUCGCCGGCAGCAAUAAUGCAAUUCCAUCGACUUCUGUAAUGACUAAACCACCGUCAUUGGCAUUACCUACCAGCAACACAGCAGGUAACACCGUCCGGUUCAAUGCCAACAGUAAAACACCAUCCUCUUCCGCUGUGAACAAUUCGUCAAAUACGAACAGCAGUGAGAUAGUUUCGAUCGGGAGCAAAAAUAUCGCCAACGGAGCUGUCACUAAAACCUACAGUGAAAGCAGCAACGAUUGCGCAACCUUUGUACAGGUUUCCGGUGCCUCAACUCUACCGGCAGCGUCAGUGAAGACACUGCAAGCGACCCAUAACAACAAAGAACAUUCUCAACAGCAGCAAUUGCAUUCAUACAGCAAAAAACAACCUUCGAGCCAGAUACAUACGCCGGCGUCCCGCCGCCAGAAAACUGAUAAAGCUGGCCGCGGUCUUCGACACUUUUCUAUGAAGGUGUGCGAAAAGGUGAAAGCCAAAGGCACAACCACUUACAACGAGGUAGCCAACGAAUUGGUUGCAGAAGAAACGCAAAACCAUCAUCCGGGCGUGGAUCCAGCCACUUACGAUCAGAAAAACAUUAGACGGCGUGUGUAUGACGCGCUAAACGUGUUGAUGGCCAUGAAAAUCAUUUCGAAGGAAAAGAAGGAAAUCCGUUGGCACGGGCUGCCAACAAGCAACACGCUACACGAGUGUGAAGAGUUGGAAAAAGAAAACGAAAAAGCCCGCCGCCGGAUUGAAGUCAAACAGAAGCAGCUGCUCGAUCUGGUACAGCAGCACGUCGCGCUAAAGUCGUUGAUUGCGCGGAAUAAAUCCAACGAAGAACGUGGUUUGGUGCCUAAUCCGAGCUCGGCCGUGCAGCUGCCAUUCAUCAUUGUAAAUACCGACCGAAAAAACCACAUUAACUGCAACAUUUCGAAUGAUAAAUCUGAAUAUUCGUUCAAGUUCGAAGAUUCCUUCGAAAUUCACGACGAUGUGCAAAUUCUAAAACGCAUUGGAUUAUCCUUAGGUUUGGAGAAGGGACAGUACACAGAAGCAGAACUGAAAAAGAUAAAGUCCAUGGUUCCAAAAUCGGUGGAAAAGUAUAUCGACGCGUACGGUCUUGGGUUCGAACACGACGAUAUGGACGACUGGGAAAUGAAUUCACUGUACAACGGGCAGGACAAUGAUGACAGUUUAUCUACUCAGGAGAUGCUCGGUUUCAAUGAUACCACGAACGAUAUGCUAGAUGAUGACAUGAAAUUCGAGGAUGACGAGGACGACUAAAGUUUAGUUUUUC